AUGUCGAGAAAAGUGUUGAGAUUGUAUCAGGACAUAAACAAGUUGUGCGACGAAGAAUUGGGUAAUACUCUUGUUUGGAUACUGAGGUCGAGACUCUCGAAUAACCGUUCCGAAGCGACGCGUCGCAACAUACCGUUUCCGCACCCUAUUCACUUAUUUUCGGACGAUUCUACUACAACUUCUUUAAACAGAACAUACGUUGCUGGAAAGUUCACACACAUCGCUAUAUUGUCACAAAUGGCAACCCUCUCCCAAUGUAGAGAUGAUUAG